UGAAUAUUCCAGUGAUGCAAGCUGGAGUGUUUAAUGAUGAGAGAAAAGCAGGGCAGUAAAUGGAGGGUACUGUGUUUAUAAUCUUACUCUGGAGCCUGGGAAUUUUACUUUGCAAUCAGACUGUGAAGAGCCAUAAAUUGUCAGAUGCAGUUUGGAAGUGAGAAGAUUUGCCACUUUGACAAGAUUUUGCAGCAUUACUCACUGUACUUUCCAAGGAAAUUAUAGACUAAACAGCAGAAUGUGAUGAAUAAUCCACAUAUCCGUGAUAUGUUGCGUCGAAAUUAUUGGGUUUACAGACAAUAGACAGGAGUAAUCAUGAGUGGUGAUUCCAGCCAAGGAGUGGUAACGUCCCCUCCUCCACCCAGUGCGAUUCUUAAGGGGGGCUGCUUUGAUAGCAUCAAUGAAAGUGAUCCUGAAUGUAUUCAAGAAAGAAACGUAUCACCAGAUUUGAGACAGGAUUUUAACCUGAUGGAACAGAGGAAACGUGUUUCUCAAAUACUGCAAAGUCCUGCAUUCAGAGAUGAACUUGAGAUCCUCAUUCAUGAACAGAUGAAAAAGGGUAAUAAUCCUAUCGGUUUGCUUGCCCUGCGACAAAUAGCAGAUUUCGUAAUGGCAAGUUCUGUUACAGCUUUACCCUCAGCACAGCUUAGCCUAGGAAUAACCACACCCAUCAAUGAUCUUCAUGCAAUUGAAUCUGCUACCUUUGCAAAAGGAGAGAAGUUGAUCCGCUGUAAAGUUGCGAGCCUGUAUAGAAUGGUAGAUCUCUUUGGAUGGGCACAUUUAACCAAUACCUACAUAACAGUCAGAGUAAGCAAAGAACAGGAACAUUUCCUCAUCAUUCCCAAGGGCCUUUCUUAUUCUGAGGCCACAGCUUCAAAUCUUGUGAAAGUUAACAUACUGGGUGAAGUGGUGGACCAGGGGAGUACAAAUCUGAGAAUCAACCAAGCAUCAUUCAGCCCUCAUGCAGCCAUCUAUGCAAUGCGCCCUGAUGUCAGAUGUGCAAUACAUAUACAUACACCAGCUGCUGCUGCUGUCUCAACCAUGAAAUGUGGUAUCCUGCCAAUAUCCCAAGAAGCCUUGAUUGUGGGCACUGUUGCAUAUUACGAUUAUCAUGGUUCACUUGAUGAAGAGAGUGACCGAAUUCAGCUGCAGAAGUGUCUAGGUACAGCUUGUAAGGUAUUGGUUCUUAGAAACCAUGGUGUGAUCGCACUAGGUGAGACCAUAGAGGAAGCUUUUCACUACAUCUACAAUGUCCAAUUAGCCUGUGAGAUCCAGGUAAGGGCCUUGGCAAGUGCGGGUGGAGUAGAUAACUUGCUGCUGCUGGAUCUGGAAAAGUUCAAGCCUCUCACACACAAGGUGGAUUUGGAAGGAGUAAACAUGGGAACCACACAAAAGUGGAGAGUUGGAGAACAAGAAUUUGAAGCUAUGAUGAGAAUGUUGGACAAUCUGGGCUACAGAACUGGCUACACUUACAGGCACCCAAUUCUGAAAGAAAAACUAAGGCACAAGAGUGAGGUGGAGAUACCUGCAACUGUCACAGCAUUUUCCUUUGAAGAUGAUGCUCUGCCGCGUUCUCCUCUCAAAUUUCUGGCACAGAAACAGCAGCGUGAAAAGACAAGAUGGCUGAACACUCCUAACACUUAUAUGAAGGUCAAUGUCCCUGAGGAAUCUCAGUCAGGUGAUUGCAGUCCUAGGUCAAAAACCACAUGGAAGAAAGCAGACAACACUUCAAAAAACAGCAGUGGGACACCAAUCAAGAUAGAAGAUCCUAAUCAGUUUGUUCCACUAAAUACAGAUCCACGAGAAGUCCAUGAUAAGAGAAACAAGAUCCGUGAACAAAAUCGAUACGACAUGAAGACUGCAGGGCCACAGUCGCAAUUACUGGCUGGUAUUGUUAUAGAGAAGAAAAGCACCCCGCUCACGCAGCUGGAAAUCGAAAGAAUGGGAGAGCAGAUGCCACCAGGCCCACCGAACCCAUUCAGUUACCUCAACGAGAAUGAAUUGGAGGAAUACAAAAGGAUGAUUGAACGAAAACAACAAGGAUUGGAUGAUACUGAACAUGAAUUAACAUCAGAUGAUGGUUCUGCGAUAUCACCAACUCAAUCCCCACAAGCCUUACCAGCAGAAUUAGAAGAAAACACAAUGCCAGCAGUGGUGGUGAAUGGAGGAAAGGAAGAUGGGCAAGCAUUUGCAGAAGAUGUGACAAACCGCAUCAGCCAGUUAACAACUGGCACUGUGGAGAAUGUGGAGAUUACCAUCAAGUCAACAGAAAAGGUGGAUAUGAACACCAGCGACACCCUCUCACCUGAGGGGUCUCCUUCUAAAUCUCCUUCAAAGAAGAAAAAGAAAUUCCGUACACCAUCGUUCCUGAAAAAGAACAAAAAGAAAGAGAAGGUGGAAGCAUAAUGAUAGGUUUGCAGGGUUGUCACACAGUUAAAAUGCUGGUCAGAUUGAUAUUGGUCUUAAAUGCAUAAUAUUGACAUGUUCAGCUAAAUGUGCCCAAAAUCAUUUGUGCACUGGCCAAGAAGAGAUGAAAAAGGGCACAUCUAUACAGGGGUUUAAACCUGGCAUUGAAAUAUUAUUGCAAAUUUCUUUAGUAAUUAACCUUUUGCCAAAAUAAAAUCACAUUCUAGUUAAUUCUAGACAGGGAACAGCUAUACUGUAGAAUUGAUUUUAAUCUUUAAACAAAACUCAUCUCAGUAAAUCCACCAGUGUGGAAAUUUUAUACACUUAGACAGAUGAUUUAAUCCAUGAUGGAAAACUUUCUAAAUUUUUUAAUACUAUGAAAGAAAUGUUACAAGCAUGCUAUAUAAGGGUCUAAUGAGAAAAGUAAAUGACUAAGAAUGCCUGUCUCAAGUAUACCUGGGAAAGUCUAGGCACGUUGUGGUUCUGAUAUUAAUGGACUAGAUAAUACAAAACUGGACUCAUGUCAAUAGUGUUUUUUUUGUUCUCUUUUUUAAAAGAAAAACUAUACUGCACUUUUUGGUAAUACUUACUAGUAACUAAAACUUAAGUGAAUCCAUGAGGUAACCAAAUGAAGGAGAAAUAAUGCAACCAAAAAGGGAAAGAGGGUGUGCAGUGGGAGUAAUUAAUGGGGAAAGGAUUGAGUUGUAAUAAAUGGCAAGUGGUAUUAAAGCAAUUGAUGUUUUUUUUUUGAAAUUGUGGUUCAACUUGUAGCGUAAAAAGAAAAAAGGCAUGAAAAUAACAUUUUAUUUAAAUGCAUGAUAUAGAAAAAUUAAGCUAGAGCACGACAACAAACCAGUGCUAGCAUGCUCCUUGAGUCAUCUGAUUUUUAAUUGACCAUUUUUUCCCUCUUUCCACUUCUCCCCUUAACUCCCAACAUGCCAAGUAAUAAUGCAAACAUUGUUUGCUUGGGUCCACAUUUUGACCAGUAUCCUUGUGGCACUUGAUUGGCAAUCAGUUGUUAGCCACUAGGCUGAAUGUGCUGACUUGGCUUGCCCAUUGAUGAGCCUAUAGAGUUUGGCCUUAUGACCUGUGUUAGUUGACACUUUAUCUCUCCUGGAAGAUAAUUAGUUUCCCCAGAAUAAGAUUGGUUUUAAAUGUGAAUGACAAAUUUUAAGUCCAUUUUUUAUUAAAGUUGUGAAUUUAUUCUGCAAUGUUAGUGACCAUACUGAUGUUUAUAACAGUAUUUUGCCAGGAAACCCAAUUUAUUUUUUACAAAAAGGAAUUUUACUGGAGUAUCAUGCUAUUAAUUGUGAAGAGAAGCAGCCUCUAGAAAUUAUCUUUCACAUUUAUAUGUAAAAGUUAUCUUACACAUUAUAUGUUCUCUUGUAAAGUACUUGUAAUGCAUUUGCUAUGAAGUAUUUUGUGUAAAAUGGAAAUGUGCAGUGGGUAAUGAUAAGAUCAUGAUGUUCAAAGACUGCGAAAAUGGUCAAUAAUGUGCACAUUUUAAAAGUGACCUAAUUUGUGAUUACAAUUAAACUUGCUGAUGACUUCCAUAGACCUUAUGUCUUUCUGAACAAAAUGCCAAUAUUGGGAGAAGUAAUUGUUUUUUUAAUUUGAGUUUUUUGUUUCAGAAUGACAAUAUGGUAUUUUUAUAAGAGAUAUAAAAUUUAAACACUAAUCUCCAUAUUCUUUCUCCAUGUAUACAACUUUAUCUGUUCUCUGACGAAGAUGGGUUUACCAGAUGAAUAGACUUGUGUUACUAAUUUUUUUUAUAAACUAAAUCUUUUUGUGGUAAUUCUGCCAGAAAAGGACCUAAUAAAUUUGUGAGUUAAGUUUAGGAACUUGAGAGAAAGCCACUAAAUGCAUUUGGGAGAAAAUAAAGAAAACCACUAACAUUGGGGUCUGUGAUUUGAAUCCCAAUUAGCAAUGUGAAUGAGAGUUUGAUUCUGAAUACCGUAUGUUAAUGAAUAGAAUCAGAGUUGUUUAAUGGUUCGAGGCUGUAGGACUGGGCUACAGAAUGGAUCUCUGAAAGGGAACAACACCAUGUCAACACUAAAUACUGGAAAAAAAAAACUAAAGUUUAACUAUUUUGUGUUUUUUUUUAAAAGCCAACUUUUUAGUCAACCCUUUAAGACAGUUAUCCAAGCCUUGUGCUACUGGUAACUUUGGAGGGGGGAAGGAGAAGGUUGGUGGGUUUUUUUUGGGGGGGGAGGGGUGGGAACUAUCUGCAUAAUUUAUGCAGCUUUUGUGCAUUGCUUUAAAUGGAGUUAACUGACCUUGUUGCACCUUGUUAAAGGCACUAUAUAUAAGUGCAGCAACCCUGUGGAAUAUAUAAAGCUUUAACAAAAUUGCUUUUUAGAUGUGUUGCUAAUCCAUGUAAAGUCCACUAAUAAGCAGUAUUUUACAAUGUGGAGACAUCUCAUUUUAGUAAUCUAUAAUUUGUACCUUAUACUAGACUGUUAUUUUCCAAUAACCUUACUCUUUGAUUGAAAUCCUAAUUAUUUGAUAUUAUGUGCUUAUUAAAUUAUAUUCUGAUAAAAUUCCUCAGCUUUCUUAUUUUUGAAAUUCUGUAAUGCACCUAAACUAUUGGAGCAUUUUAAAAUCUGGAAUCUGCUUAUGGAAGAAUGUAAAAGAAAUGGCACUCUGUAUAGCAGCUUACUUGCUCUAUGAAAAAUUAAAUACCUAUAUAAACACA